AUGGCUAGAGGAAAGCGCAACACGAGAGGCGGCCGUGCCCAGCCACCGCGCCAACGUCACCAUGGAGCCCAUGACCCAGACUUCAUGGCCGCACGGAGAGAGGCAGAGCGACGCCAGGAGAUCCUGGCUGACCGCCGCCGCACUGAGGCCAAAUGGCGACCCAAGAUUCCCACGGUACGCAAGUGCAACUUCGAGAACUUCAAGAACCGCUUCCACGAUGUCGACGAGCCCGACUAUGCUGUCGAGGUCCUCAUGUCCGGGCCUAGCCUCCAGGGCCAGAUCCGACGUGAACAGGCAUUUCGCCGCAAGGAGGACCUCGCUCGUCUGCGCCAGAGUUACAUGCUCGGCUACGACAGUGUGAAGACGAGUGCUCGUACUCCUCAGCCCAAGAGGGAUGCUGAGGAUAGGGUUCGACGAGAGAAGAGAGCCGAGGCCGGGCAGACGAAUGAGACCGACAUCCAGCGGAUUCGUGUCCAGUCGCAGCCUGUCCUGGGACAUCUCACGUCGUUGCUCAAUGAUACCGAGCAGAGGUCUACACCCCGGACAUUCGUCAGACCAUUCCAAUCUCUAGUCUACUUCCAGCCCAAGAUGAAAGAGAUCCUCGCCACUUUGGAGGAGAAGUGGGGUGACAUCGAGGAGUUGGACGACAUCGAGUCCGAAAAAGUCAAUGAUACCCCCGAAGAACUCGAGAUCGUGGAUGAGCCGUCUGCCAAGGACAAGGAAUCUAACCCUGAGGCAAAGGACGAGGAUGAUGACGUUGAGUCCAUCAUGUCGGUCGACUCCAACGCCGAAGACUUGGACGGCAUCAUGGACAGCACCGAGGCUCUCCGUGACAUGCGGUGCUACGUCAACUUCAUUGACAAGGAGGUGAUGCCCCUGUACAACCAAUAUGACGGCACGGAAGCCGACAGAGUCAGGUUCGAUGACCUCUGGUCACUGUUCCGCGUCGGCGACCUGAUCUACAUGCCUGCAGCAGGCGAGACGACCGGCCGCUACCACGAGGUCUGGCGUAUCUACCGCACCGAGAUCCCCGAGCCAGAGAUAGCUUACCCAUCGUCCGGUUGGGAGUUUUUCGCGGAUGAAAUGCAGCAAGACAAGAAGGCCAAAUUUACCAUAUUCGCCUACUACAUCGACCACGAUGGAAACAACUAUGGCGCAGUCCGCCACAAGUUCGAGCUUGAUUCCUUCCCGGGAGAGCGUCUCAUCGAGUCUCUGGAGGUCUUCCCUAUCCGUUACCGACACGACCACAACCAGCUGCUGGAGUCGCUCAAGUCGCAGGGCCGCAGCUUUCAGAAAUUCCUGACUGAUCGCCAUCAGGCAUACAACGCCUGGACGCUCACCCGGACACCGCCAUACGACACGGACAAAGCCGAGGACGAGAUCCUUCGCGACGAGGCCGGGGAACUGAUGCGACAUCCCGAAUUUGUCGAGUCGGACGUGAUAGUUGAUCUAGCCGAAGCUAUGCAGAAGAACCCGGACUGGCGGCCCAACUUCCACCGCCUGACGGCGAACAAGGGCAUCCGCUGCGACGCCGAGGACGACGACAUGAAGAUCCAGCAGUGGUUCGACGGAUCGCGCCAGUCGCUUGCGUACGCGCAGACUGAAAUCGUCCAGAAGACGGACGGCGUUGAGAUGUGGCAGCGCCGCGAGAACCUGAACGCGGACACCUUCCUCCGCCAGCGCACGAAGGGGAAUCGUACCUACGACAUCAAACCCCAGCUCAUGGACCUGCGCGACGAAGAUUUAGUUCUGCUGCCCAAGCGUAUGUUCGCGUAUGCCCUCCGAGAGCGCAGGUUCCUGCCCGUCAACAUCAACUUCCUAAAGCCCAUCCGCCGCCAGGACGGCGUAUUUGAGAAUUUGAAAAUCCUCAAAGACUACAAGGACAUUGUCCGCGGCCUGGUCGCUUCGCACUUCCAGAAGAAGGACCUCGAGCGCCGCUACGUCGAUAUGUCGACGGAAGGCCCUAGCCAGGAUUUAAUACAGAAUAAAGGUCGUGGUCUCGUGGUGCUGCUGCACGGUGUUCCCGGUGUAGGUAAGACGGCGACUGCCGAGGCGGUAGCCAUGGAGUACCGCAAGCCUCUGUUCGUAAUCACAUGUGGUGACCUCGGCCUGACCCCAUCCGAGGUCGAGUCAUCUCUCUCCAACGUCUUCCGACUGGCGCACCUCUGGGACUGUGUGCUCCUCCUCGACGAGGCGGACGUGUUCCUCUCGCAGCGGUCCAAGCUCGACAUGAAGCGCAACGCGCUGGUGUCCGUCUUCCUGCGCGUGCUCGAGUACUACAACGGCCUGCUGUUCCUGACCACCAACCGCGUCGGCACCAUCGACGAGGCCUUCAAGUCGCGCAUCCACAUGUCGCUGUACUACCCGCCGCUGGACAAGACGCAGACGCGCGACAUCUUCCGCCUCAACAUCGCCAAGCUGCGCGAGAUCGAGACCCAGCGCCACGAGAUGACGGGCGAGCCGCCGUUGGCCAUCCGCGACGCCGAGAUCCUCGACUUUGCCGGCCGCCACUUCGAGGAGAACGCGCGGUCCACCGGGUGCUGGAACGGUCGCCAGAUCAGGAACGCGUUCCAGAUCGCGUCCAGUCUGGCGCACCACAACUACACGCUCGGCACCGAGGCGGCGCACAGCCGCGGCCAGCAGGGCCCCGCGGCGCCCGUGCUGGACCGUGGAUUGUUUGAGAAAGUUCAGAUGAGUACAGUGAGCUUCGAUAAACACAUGAUGGAGACGAAGGGCUAUGAUGCGGAUCUGCCGUUGCGCAGUACGUUCCAUCGAGAAGGACGGUUCGAGUAG